CAUAUCUGAGAUUGGAUGAUCAUCCCAAGGAGGCGCAACACAAGGUGGAGCAUCACAACAAGGGGCAUAUGAAGUUGAUCCAGGACGUAAGUAUGGAACCUGUCUGCCUAAAAACAGGAACAAGUGGACGUGCAUCUUCUGCAGGAAAGAAACAAAUGGAGGUGUUUCACGUCUGAAACACCACUUAAUUGGAGACAGCACAAGCGUGAUCAGGUGUCCAACUUGUCCCGAGCAUGUGAGAAUUGAAUUGCGAGACUAUGCAAUCAAAAAAGCUGAGGAAAGAGCAGCUCAGACCAUGCGGUAUGAACCUGUCCUGAAUGAUAUCGAUGGUGAGGAUGUUGAAGGUGAGCCUAAACAGAAAGCUAACUCUAACAAGAGGAAGAAGAGAGGUCCACUGGACAGGUUUGUCACUUCAACUCCUCCUGACAUUUUGAAAGGAAGGAAGGACAUGAAGCGUGUGUUUGGAGCUUGUGACAAAGAGCUAAGGGAGAAGGUGUGCGCUGGAAUAGCUAGGUGGUUCUAUGAUGCGGGUAUUCCGUUCAAUGCUGUCACCUAUGACUCUUUCAAAGAGAUAACAGAGUUCAUUGGACAGUAUGGAAUGGGUUUAAAACCACCUAGUAUGCAUGAGCUCAGAGUGCCUCUCCUUCAGAGGGAAGUCGCAAACAUUCAUACCAUGCUGCUAAAGGGUGCUCUAUCAUGUCAGAUGGAUGGCGGCUCUGUUUUCAUGAAGUCUAAGGAGGUCUCAGAAGUGGUGAAAGAUGCAACAAUGUUGUUCAAGCUGCUUGAUGAGAUGGUUGAAGAAGUUGGUGAGAAGAAUGUGGUUCAAGUGAUCACAGACAAUGCUACUAAUUAUGGAAGUUGCUAG